GGAGUCGUUGCUUCCCGCUUCUGCCAGCAAGUCUUUCCACCCUGAGCUGCUGUCAACCCUUCGAAUUUUGGAAAGAGAGACACAGACGAGCUCAAAUGGCCCGUCUUCAGGGGAGCGGGAGGCACGAGCAGAGCAAAAGGGAGGCAAGGGCCCGAUUCUGGCAGCAUGCGGCUGCACCACUGGUUUGUGGCGAUACGUGGCGGGGCAGCUCAACUUGAGCCGUUGCUGUAGCUUGCGCAGCUUGCUUGGCUACACUGCGCGGGGUGAAGCCGCACCAACCAGAACGGCUCUGGUCUCAGAACGUCUCCAGCCGAUCAAGCAUAGCCCCUCAUGGACCUCGUGCAGUCUGACUAGCUCACAUCCCCGUCAGUGCAUGUGUUCAGACAGCAGGGUGGGAUUUAGGUGGGAAUGUGAUCCAGAGCUCCACUUCUGCGAUUGUGCCUCCGCACAUGCGUCCAUCAUGGCAUUCAGACCUGUGCUUCCACAAACUGCCAGUCAUAUGGGAGUUUCCGAAAAUAAGGGGUACCUUAUUUUGGGGGGUCCUUAUAAUAAGGAUCCUACUAUUUAG